UAUUAACCUCGGCGUGUAACCAAUUACCGACGGUGGAAUGACUGUAUCGACGAGUGAUAAUUAACCAACGAAAUUUAGCAUAGUAACUCCACUGGAACUCACCGUUGAAAAUAAGAAAACGAAGCGCGGAAGUUGCGACGCGUUCGUAGCUUGCGAGUCGGCCAUUUUUGUAAAUUCAUUCUCGUUCUGGCUGUCAUAAAGUUUACGUCACGACCGUGACUUUUUGCUAAAAUAUAAAAAAACUAACAGUAGUUGUGCUGACGAUGAGUCGGGGAACCAUCCGAGGGAGACGUCGACUUGACGUGGAUCGAAUUCUUUCUUCGGCUAGAUGCUUGGAGGAACCAGAGGUGGAUAAUUUGGUGUGCGCUCGACAUCUAUUUCUGAAUGGAAGGUUCCCAUCCCAGGAGUCCUUAUUCACGGAGGACGAUAUAGACAAAAUUAGACGCAGUAUCGCUUCAUCUCCUCACCUUCGUCUCACAGAUGAGGAAGAAAAACUCUUGCCUCGUCCUGAAGAUCCGCAAGUCGAGAUUCCUGGAUUAGUCUACCAACCUAUUUGUGAGCCUGUCGAGGCGGGACCUUCGCGUCCUCAGUUUCCCCCGAACCAUUGGGUUCUCGAAAUGAAGAAACAAAUCGCUUCUAGAGCCAAAACGCCGAGUUACUGGGGCAAAACAAAGGCCCGCAGAGGAAAAUGCGGCAAGUGCCUUCAAACUGGUCACGCAUAUCAUGAGUGCCCUCUCCAUAAGCGCAAUCAAUAACCUUAAAAACGAACAUGUUAAGAUUUCAUUCAAUGUAACCCUUGUGAGGUAGGGUUAAUAACCUCACCUUAGGAAUAAACAACCAUUGAAAAUAACUAUAUCCACAACUGAUUUAACUCUCUUCACUAAUGAAUCUCUGUUCUAAAUAUAAAUUUU